GUGAGAGGUCCGUUGCGGUGAAUCAGGCGCACUCGCUCGGCAGCGGAAGGCUCCGAGUUCUCGGUAUUCUUCAGGGAUGAGUCAUGUGCAGGUGGAAAAUGCGCUCGGGCUGGACCAGCAGUUUGCUGGCCUAGACCUGAACUCUUCAGAUAAUCAGACUGGAGGAAGUACAGCCAGCAACGGACGUUAUAUUCCUCCUCAUUUAAGGAACAGAGAAGCUACUAAAGGAUACUACGACAGAGACAGUUCAGGGUGGAGUUCUAGUAAAGAUAAGGAUGCAUACAGCAGUUUUGGAUCUCGCAAUGAUUCAAGAGGGAAGUCUAGCUUCUUCAGUGAUCGUGGGAGUGGAUUAAGGGGAAGAUUUGAUGAUCGUGGACGGGGUGACUAUGAUGGCUCUGGUACCCGUGGAGACAGGAGUGGCUUUGGCAAAUUUGAACGUGGUGGAAACAGUCACUGGUGUGACAAAUCAGAUGACGAUGACUGGUCAAAACCACUCCCACCAAGUGAACGCUUGGAACAGGAACUCUUUUCUGGAGACAACACUGGGAUUAACUUUGAGAAAUACAAUGACAUUCCAGUUGAGGCAACAGGCAACAACUGUCCUCCACAUAUUGAAAGUUUCAGUGAUGUUGAGAUGGGAGAAAUUAUUAUGGGAAACAUUGAACUUACUCGUUAUACUCGCCCAACUCCAGUGCAGAAGCAUGCUAUUCCUAUCAUCAAAGAGAAAAGAGACUUGAUGGCUUGUGCCCAAACAGGGUCUGGAAAAACUGCAGCAUUUCUGUUGCCCAUCUUGAGUCAGAUUUAUUCAGAUGGUCCAGGUGAAGCUUUGAGGGCCAUGAAGGAAAAUGGAAGGUAUGGGCGCCGCAAACAAUACCCAAUCUCCUUGGUGUUGGCACCAACCAGAGAGUUGGCAGUACAGAUCUAUGAAGAAGCCAGAAAAUUCUCAUACCGAUCUAGAGUUCGUCCUUGUGUGGUUUAUGGUGGUGCUGAUAUUGGUCAGCAGAUUCGAGACUUAGAACGUGGAUGCCACUUGUUAGUAGCUACUCCAGGACGUCUCGUGGAUAUGAUGGAAAGAGGAAAGAUUGGAUUAGACUUCUGCCUCAUUGCUGGAGGCCACAGGGAGACUUUGAGUUCUCGCGAGAUCUCGAGACUGCAGGACGAUCAGGGGUCGAUGGGACUGACUAGGAAAUCCCGCGAGGUUAGGAGCCGGAGCGCGCAGUAG